CAUUACUUCCCUCUCGCCGGAAGUAGCCGAAAAGGCUUGCGCGCACGCUGGCGUUUGCAGUGACAAAAAUCGGCAAUCUGGAUCUUAAAUCGGAUAUUAACAGUUUCCUAAAGCAAGAAUCGGUUAUUUUUAUCAGAUAACAGUGUUAGCAGCUAUCUGGGAUGUCUCGUUUUUUCGCCACCGGAUCCGACAGCGAGUCGGAAGAGUCAUCAUCUGCCGAUGAGAUCACCCCUAAAGCAACCGGGACUACUUUCAAUAAGCAGGCUCUGUUGCUUAGUGAUGAUGAGGAAGACACUAAAAGAGUUGUACGUAGUGCCAAGGAUAAGAGGUUUGAGGAGCUGACAAACCUGAUCAAAACCAUUCGCAAUGCCAUGAAGAUUAGGGACAUGUCAAAAUGUCUGGAGGAGUUUGAGCAGUUAUGUCGAGCAUUCCUAAAGAGUAAAGCAAUAGUGGACAAAGAGGGUGUACCACAGUUUUAUAUCCGCCUUCUAGCCGACCUGGAAGAUUACCUGAACCAACUAUGGGAAGACAAAGAGGGUAAGAAGAAGAUGAACAAAAACAAUGCCAAAGCCCUGAGCACCCUACGUCAGAAGAUCCGCAAAUACAACCGCGACUUCGAGACUGAUAUUGCCAGCUACAAGGAGAAUCCAGAACAGUCUGCGGAUGAAGAAGAAGAAAAGGAAGGAGCAGAGUCGGGCUCAUCCUCUGAGAGUGAUGACGAGGCAGCGGGGGAGGGCAGCAUCACUGCUAAGAGCUUCAUGAAGAAGAAGCCUGAACCGGCCACUGAGGCCAGCAGGUUCCUCAAGACAGCUGAGGAUGAAUCUGAGAGUGAUGACGAAGAUGAUGAUGAGGACUGGGGCUCGGACUCCAUGGACAGUGGGAGUGAGAGCGAGGACAAUGAAGGCAACACUGCAUCCCUUGCUGUGGCCUUCCUCAAAAAGACCCAGGAUGCAGACCGACAGACCAGCAGUAGACGCCCGAAAAAGACCAAGCAGAAGGAUCGUGCAGAAGAGGAGGCUGAAGAGGAGCCUGAGGGAGAGGAUGGGGAGUGGAGGGAGGUGAAGGGAGGUGUGCCCAUGGUGAAGGAGAAGCCCAAGAUGUUUGCCAAGGGCACGGAGAUCAACACUGCUGUGGUGGUGAAGAAGCUCAAUGAAAUCUUGCAGGCUCGAGGAAAGAAGGGGACUGACAGAGCUGCUCAGAUCGAGCUCCUCCAUGCUCUUGCCGCAAUCGCAGAAGAAAAUAACCUGGGAGAGGGCAUCAUGGUCAAGAUCAAGUUCAACAUCAUAGCCUCCCUGUAUGACUAUAACCCAAAUCUAGCUGCAUUCAUGAAGCCGGAAAUGUGGAAGAAAUGUCUGGAUUGUAUUGAUGAACUUCUGGACAUCCUGUUUGACAAUAAUAACAUCUUCAUUGGCGAGAAUAUCGCUGAGGAUAGCGAGAGCCUAGGCAUCUCUGAUCAGCCUUUUCGUGUUCGAGGCUGCAUCCUCACCCUAGUGGAGAGGAUGGAUGAGGAAUUCACCAAGAUCAUGCAGAACACAGACCCACAUUCCCAGGAGUACGUAGACAACCUGAAGGACGAGGGCCGAGUUUGUGGCAUCAUCGAUCGUCUGCUGCGGUACCUGGAGGGCAAAGGCAGCACAGAGGAGAUCUGCCGUGUCUACCUGCGCCGCAUCAUGCACACCUACUACAAGUUUGACUACAAGGCACACCGGCGCAUGCUAGGCCUGCAGGGAGAGAGCAAGUCCGAGCAGGAUCAAGAAGAGAGCGAGGGAGAGGAUAGUGCCAUCAUUAUGGACCGUCUGUGCAAGUUCAUCUACGCCAAGGACCGAACUGACCGCAUCCGCACCUGCGCCAUCCUCUGCCACAUCUACCAUCAUGCUCUACACAGCCGCUGGUACCAGGCCCGUGACCUCAUGCUCAUGAGUCACCUGCAGGAUAACAUUCAGCACGCCGACCCCCCUGUACAGAUCCUGUACAAUAGGACCAUGGUGCAGCUGGGCAUCUGUGCAUUCCGUCAGGGCAUGAUCAAAGACGCCCACAAUGCACUGCUGGACAUCCAGUCAAGUGGCAGAGCUAAAGAGCUGCUCGGCCAGGGCCUACUCAUGAGGAACAUGCAGGAGAGGAACGCAGAGCAGGAGAAGAUUGAGAAGAGACGACAGGUUCCCUUCCAUAUGCACAUCAACCUGGAGCUACUGGAAUGUGUGUACCUGGUGUCGGCCAUGUUGCUGGAGAUCCCCUACAUGGCAGCCCAUGAGUUUGACGCCCGUCGCAGGAUGAUAAGCAAGCAGUUCCACCACCAGCUUCGCGUUGGAGAGAGACAGCCGCUUCUGGGUCCCCCUGAAAGCAUGCGGGAGCAUGUGGUGGCUGCCAGCAAGGCCAUGAAGAUGGGCGACUGGCGCACAUGUCAUUCCUUCAUCAUCAACGAGAAAAUGAAUAGCAAGGUGUGGGACCUAUUCCCUGAGGCACAGCGCGUCCGAGAGAUGCUUGUCAGGAAGAUUCAAGAGGAGUCUUUGCGUACUUACCUGUUCACCUACAGCAGUGUGUACGACUCGAUCAGUAUGGAGACUCUUUCUGAGAUGUUUGAGUUGGAGUUACCGACAGUUCACAGCAUCAUCAGUAAGAUGAUCAUCAAUGAAGAGCUAAUGGCAUCUCUGGACCAGCCAACCCAGACAGUAGUGAUGCACAGGACAGAACCCACGUCCCUGCAAAAUAUGGCCUUGCAGCUGGCUGAGAAGCUGGGUGGCCUGGUGGAGAACAACGAGCGCGUCUUUGACCUCAAGCAGGGGGUCUACGGAGGCUACUUCAACAGAGAUCAAAAAGGUGGCUACCAACAAAAGCAAGGCUAUCAGAGAGAUCAGAAAAGUGGCUAUCAGCAGAAACAGAACUACCAGCGGGGGGGCUACAGGUCCCAGACUCAGGGCUCUUACUGAGGAUAGUAAAGCACAGCCGCACAGUAACAGGAGGGCCGGCUUUCAGUCCAAGACUGGAACUCAUCUAACUACUUCAAAAUGAAAGCCUGUGUACCAGGACUCUUUAUUGUGAAGUAGCUUGAGUUAACAUUCUUAUUCAGACCUAUCAACAAUUUUGUUGUUUAGAGAUGGUUUCCCCUUAAUUCUCUUUUAUAUAGUAAAGGUUGAGGUGUUUGAAAUAAAUUAAGGGAAGGAGAUGGUUUUGUCAGAGAUUUGGCAGGCUUGUGAAAGGCAGGUUGAUUGUGUGAUGUCUAAUUUGAUGAAACAAUAAACAUUGAGUUUAUGAAGCGGC